AUGGCUUGGCCGGAGAUUACCAAGAUUGUGGCUGCGGUAGUACCCGUAGGCUGUGGCACAAGCCACAUGACAUCAUUCAGUUACCUCAGGUACCCAGGCUCGUGCUUUUUCGCCACCGCCAGAAACGACAAGAUGGAAAUCCAUCGAAACUUCACCCAGGCUGAUGGCGUAGAGCAGCACAGACACAAGCAUGUCAUCUUCAAUUCAUGCACAGGAAGCACCAAGAGGAAUGAGGAUCCGAUGUACAGCUUCAACCACAGGCCGUUCUCUGUUUCAACCACCUGCCUGCCUAGUUGGCCUAGGUUAUCAUUGAGCGAACUGACCAAGCGCCCUGACAACCUCGCAUUGGCUGAUCUCUCGCAUAGUUCUAGGCCUCUAACGGCCAUGAGCCUGACACUAUACUCGAUUUGUUGCGGGAUACUCUCUGCAUGGACUGCUUCUUAUUCGUCCCUCAACAGAUGA